GACCACCGCCGCCGCCACCACCGUCCCCAUCGCCACGCCAUCUACACCUUCGCCAGGAAGAACGGCAUCUCAUUCGAGCUGCACACCAUGGACCUGCUCAAAGGGCAACAGGUGAGCAAGGAGCUCUCCUGGGUUAGCAGCCUGCAGAGGGGGGCUGUUCUCAAGGAUGGGGACUUUGUCUUGACGGAAAGCAUGGCCAUCUUGAUCUACUUGAGCCUGAAGUACAAGGCGGAGGCCCAUUGGUAUCCCCCCAAUGUGCAAACCCGUGCCCGCAUCCGUGAGUACCUGGGCUGGCACACUGACUUCAUCCGGGGCAUCUUUGGCGUGCCACUCUGGAUCCGGGUGCUGGCACCUAUCAUUGGGGCCCAGGUGCCUGAAGAGAAGGUGCGGCGCAACCAGGCCUUCAUGGACCAAGCACUGCAGCUGCUGCAGGACAAGUUCUUGGGCGACGGGCCCUUCGUCGCCGGCCACCAGGUGACCCUGGCUGACCUGCUGGGGCUGGAGGAGCUGCUGCAGCCUGUGGCUGUCGGCUAGGACGUCUCUGAGGGGCGGCCAAGACUUUCAGCAUGGCACGAGCGAGUGGAGGCUUUCCUGGGGGCUGAGCUGUGCCAGAAGGCCCACGGCAAACUCUUCAGCAUCCGGGAACAGAUGGCCAAGAAGACCAUCCCGGUGCCUCCGCCCGAGGUCCACUCCAGAGUGCUGCUCCGAAUUUCUAAGAUCCCCUGA